CCAUCAGUUAUGCAGUUAGGCUACUCUGCUGCAUCCCACACCGCUGUCAAUAUGCGUGUUUUGUGGGGUGGAUUUAUCAUCUAUUUCAUUGCAAUUUAGAACAAUGGUCCGGCCAUCCUUUUGCUAGGUAGAAGCAAGCUAGCAGGCUAUGAGUCAGAGAGCUAUCCGUUUGAACAAAAUGAUUGAACAUGGCAUUCGACAGAAUUUGCUAUGCCUUAGCACCAUCACAAACCAGUUGAGUGCUGAACAUAUUUGAAUGAGAGUGGGCUUAGGCGGCCAUGGACCUGUUCAGCCAGCUCAUCCUUGUCAUCUCGGUCACCAGUUUCCUCUCCUUCCAGUGGCUCUUCCACCGGGUCAGUCCCUGGGUCUCCAGCCGUGUCAGCCCUGGCUUCUUACGCCUUGCAGACAAGCAGAAGGUGGAGUGGAACUCAAGGACAGUGUCCACGCUUCAUGCCCUUGUGGUGGGACUCUUCUGUCUCUACAUCCUGCUCUUUGAUGACGCCAUCAAUGAAGACCCCGUGUGGGGAGAUCCCACACUUGUGAAGAUAAAUGUUGGCGUAACAACAGGCUACCUCAUAUCUGAUCUGCUGCUAAUAUUUUACUAUUGGAAGGCGAUAGGCGACAAGUUUUUUGUAGUGCACCACCUGGCAGCGUUAUAUGCUUACUACUAUGUACUGGGACACGGAAUGUUGCCUUAUUUUGCUAACUUCCGUCUGCUUGCAGAGUUCUCCACGCCGUGUGUCAACCAGCGCUGGUUCUUUGAAGUGUUAGGUUACUCCAAGUCCUCCAGGCCCAACAUCGCUAAUGGGAUGGCCAUGGCCGUUGUCUUCUUCCUGGUUCGCAUUGCCGUCAUGCCCCUCUACUACAGCCGCAUGUGGUCCGUGUAUGGCACCGAAGCCUUCUACCGUGUCCCGCCGGAAGGCCGAGCUGCCUGGAUCAUCUCCAGCAUCUGUCUGGAUGUCAUGAACGUCAUGUGGAUGCACAAGAUCGCCCGCGGCUGCUACAAGGUCAUGCGCUCGGCCCGGCGACACAAAGUGGGGACACAGGAGAAUGGAAAGGCUGAAUAAAAAGCAAGAGGAUGGUUGAUGUUAUGGGUAAGGAGAGCCCAUUGAACCACUGUCUCCUUUUAGUGCACAAUUGGAUUAGUAACUUUACCUGACUGGGACUACUGUUUCAGUGUCAGCUUUUCGUAAGUUAGUUAAGUCUUGCACUGACUGAACUUUAUGGUAAUAGACGCAGGACAUUGAUGUGGACAAAGGGGCAAUAUCUUGGGCAGUGAUGUGUAUAACUGCCUCUUAGCAAUACUUCCUGUGCAUGGCAAAUAUAUUUUUCUGUUGCAUUUUAUCACAAAACGGCGUGUCUGGGUUGAAGUCUGUUUUUCCCAAACGCUUCACUAAGUCAAACGUUUACUGCUUGUUCUAGACCAUAGACUCAAAUGUGUGAAUGGUCCUGUGCUCCCCAAAACAACUUGAAGCACCUCCCUUUCAUUUGCAUUUUUAUAUACAUUUGAAGUUGGAAGUUUACAUACACUUGAAUUGAAAUGUAUUUGGUUAAGGUGUAUGUAAGUUUAGGUUUUUCAUAAUUCUUGACAUUUAAUCCUAGUAAAAAAUCCCUGU